AUUAAUUAAUCAAUAUAAAUUUUAAAAUAUGGAAAUAGUACCUUUAUUAGAAUCAUUUUCAUCAAAAAAUAAUACCGAUUCCAAAAUAACUAUGAUAGCAAGCAGUGAUACGAGAUAAAGAGAUGGUUUGAUUUUGACAGAGCUUAGAAAUAUGAGAGAGUACAAAAGAAAUCCAGAAAAUAUAUCUAUAUGGGUCAAGGUAUUACCACAGAAAGAGGUGGAGGACCUUAUGAGUUAAUUCAUACGAAAUAUUAUGCGCUUACAAGAGCAUAGCGAAAACUUCAUAUUAGAACGUACAAGGCCAUUAUUUUACAUCUGAA